AUGUUAAUGGACUUCAUCCCCCGAUCCCCGGAUCCAGCUGUUCCUGGCUCAUUGCCGCCUAGCGCGGACAUCCCAGUUGCACCACCGCCAUGGACCCUCAAAGCCAAAUUAUGGACGUUCAUCUACCGCGACAUUAAUGAGACAAACACCUCUGAGCCAACCACCAGUCUGAACCCCAACAAUGCAGCAGAAAUAUUACAGGAUGUGCUCGCUCCCGGCUCAUACAACCCCAUGGAAGUCAUUCAUCCAGACGCCCUGCGCAGGCUCGACAAUGGAAAAUCCCAGCUCAACGGUAUGGGCAGUGCGGCAAAAGCGCUCCUUAUCAUACGCUAUGAUGAUUCGGAUGUCGGUCCUUAUGAUGAAGUCAUGGUCAUUCCCGGUUUUUUUGUCAACCCACAUACGGGGAAACGACAUGCGAGGAUAAGUAACAUCUAUGUUUCGACGGAUGCGAGUGUAUGGAAUGGGAGGAGGAAUUGGAAUAUCCCCAAGCACCGAGCACGCUUCGUCUUUGAACCUGUCGGUCAACGGGAUCAACUAGUAAAAAUCUAUCACCCUGAAGAUAGCGCUGCACCGCUCGACCCAAAAAGACCCUUUUUCACGGCUCUGUUGAAAGGGUCUGCAUUACCAAACUUACCUUUACCAGCGAUGGCACCAGCGGGUCUUGUGCAACCGCCUUUGGCAGCGCCCAGGUAUCGCAAUGAGUCAACCACAACCGCUGCUGUUAUUGCGACUGAUGACCCCAAAAAUGGACGAGAGAAUCCGUGGUUGAUGAUUACCCCGACAUAUAAGGGUUCAUGGGGCUUGGCGUAUAUCUCGAAGGCGCCUACUAAAGGUGAUGAAGAGAGCUUAGAAUCGUAUGGUGAUGGAAUCAGUCUUCCGAAGAUGAAUGCAUGGUCAGUUGGAAGUUAUUUCGAGGGGAUUAUUGACUUUCCGGCGUCAAAGAUUGUGAGUUAG